CAUAUUUUGAUGUAGUUUCACUAUUUUUGGUGUACCUUGUCUUUCAACUGUUAAUAAUAUUAUUUACCUUAUAAAAGAAAUGAUGCAAGUUAGUGCACUUCGACUUCAUGUUUAAUAUGAGUUAUGCCAUCUUUCAAUUAACUUUGAUAACUUCUACAGACCAAUUUAUCACACCUACAGUUGGUCUCUACGUGACUUUUAUGCCUGGUGAUGGUUUGGGGACCAAGAUCAACCCUGAAGGCAUAAAGUACUAUAGUGAUAUUAUUGAUGCACUACUUGAGAGCGGAAUCUCUUGGAGGCUGGUUAGAUGAACAAACUGCAAAAUAUUUUGCCAUCUAUGCAGAGAUUUGCUUUGCUAGCUUUGGCAAUAGAGUGAAGAAGUGGAUUACAAUUAAUGAACCUCUUCAGACAGCUGUGAAUGGACAUUGUACUGGUAUACACGCCCCUGGAAGAAGAGAAAGUUCUUCUACUGAACCAUUCACAAUCAGCUAUUGGCACAUGCAGAAGCUGUUUCUAUCUAUAGGAAUAAAUUUAAGCGUGCUAUAUUUACAGGAUGAGCAGGGAGAGGAAAUAGGCCUGGUGGUGGAUUGUGAAUGGCCUGAGGCUUUAUCAGAUAAUUUAGAGGACAAAGCUGCUGCAAAAGGCACCUUGAUUUUCAGCUUGGAUGGUACUUCUUGUUAUAUACUUGUACCUGUGUUAGUCAGCCAAGAGUUCGUGUUGCAUGUAUAUAAUCAAUAUAAGGUAUCAGCAGUCAACUUUCUCUUUUAUGUUUGGGAAAUCAUUGGGAGGCACCUGGAUCCGAUAUAUUUUGGAGAUUAUCCCAAAAGCAUGCGUGAAAGACUUGGAGAUAGGCUUCCAAAAUUUUCACAGCAAGAAAGGGAGUUGCUUAAAGAUUCAUUGGACUUCAUUGGUCUAAAUCACUAUACUUCAAAAUUUGUUGGUCAUGCAACCAAUAGUCUUGAAGAAAAUGACUUCUAUAAAAUACAGGAUGUAGAGAUAAUUGCUGAAUGGGGAGGAGGAGAGGUGAUCGGUCAGAAAGCGGCAUCAUCAUGGCUUUACAUGGUUCCUUGGGAAAUUCGGAAAGUUCUUAAUCAUAUUGCAGAGAGAUAUGGCAAUCCACCUGUCUAUAUCACUGAGAAUGGUAUGGAUGAUGAAGAUGAAGACACAUCUCCUCUCCACGAGAUGUUGGAUGACAAAUUGCGAGUUUCUUACUUCAAGGCAUACCUUGCUUCUAUUCAUCAGGCAAUCUUGGAUGGGUGCUAACGUGAGAGGUUAUUUAGCGUGGUCAUUGCUGGAUAACUUCGAGUGGAAUUUGGGUUGUACAAAACACUUCGGUCUGAUAUAUGUGAACUUCAAGAAUGGGCUAAACCGACAUCUGAAAUCUUCUGCUUACUGGUUCAUGAGAUUCUUGAAAGGUGGACAAAUUAAACAUGGGAAAGAAGAUUAACUAACUUUGUUAUGGAGUUGGCAGCUUAUGUAUUUGCCUUUUUUUUUCCUAAUUACCAUCUCUGUAUACUACUUUUGAGGCUUUUAUACAAAGAACAACUAUCUUUCUUG